AGAGAGAGAGAGAGAGAGAGAGAGAGAGGAGCUUACUAGAUCGUCUUUGCUUAGUGAAGAAGAAGACGACGAGAGCAGUAAGAGUUGAAAUCAGAUGGCGAGGUACGAUAGGGCCAUUACAGUCUUUUCACCCGACGGCCAUCUCUUCCAGGUCGAGUACGCCCUCGAGGCCGUUCGUAAGGGUAACGCCGCCGUCGGCGUCCGCGGCACCGACACCAUCGUUCUCGGCGUCGAGAAGAAGUCCACCGCCAAGCUUCAGGACUCCAGGUCAGUGAGGAAGAUUGUGAACCUGGACAAUCACAUUGCUCUAGCAUGUGCCGGGCUGAAAGCAGAUGCCCGUGUCCUGAUAAACAAGGCGAGGAUUGAAUGUCAAAGCCAUAGGCUUACUGUUGAGGAUCCAGUGACUGUUGAGUAUAUAACGCGUUACAUUGCUGGUCUUCAGCAAAAGUACACGCAGAGUGGUGGUGUGAGGCCAUUUGGUCUCUCAACUUUGAUUGUUGGGUUUGACCCAUACACUAGUAAACCAGCACUCUAUCAGACCGAUCCUUCUGGGACUUUUUCGGCAUGGAAAGCUAAUGCAACUGGGAGGAACUCCAAUUCGAUAAGGGAAUUUCUGGAGAAGAACUACAAAGAAACUUCUGGGCAAGAGACCAUAAAGCUUGCAAUCCGUGCUUUGCUUGAGGUUGUUGAAAGUGGAGGGAAGAACAUAGAAGUUGCUGUCAUGACAAAGGACCAUGGUCUUCGACAACUUGAAGAAGCUGAAAUUGAUGCUAUUGUUGCUGACAUAGAAGCAGAGAAAGCAGCUGCUGAGGCUGCAAAGAAGGGCCCUGCCAGGGAAACAUGAUCUUCUGUAAUCAUCUUUUGAAAGUUUCUCUCUUAUUUUUAGUCAAUGUACUCCAACGCUUCCCGUUAUUUUCGAGUUGUACUUUGCACUCGGGUGGCCUAAACAAAUUAGUACUGUUGGCAUUUGGGAUGCCUUUAGAACUGCUAUUCGUCACAGAUUAUAUCUUUGAAUGGAUUUGGAUUUGCUUUUA